GUUUUGUUUCUUUUUUGGCAACAUACUUUAUUUGUGUGAUGUUUUUUUCCUUGGUUUUUGUAAUCUGCUGCAGAUGUAAAUCGUGUGUCUGUGAAUCAUAAGAUUAUCGUAUAUUUACAUUUUAACUCAUGUGAUAAUGUCAAAUUAGUAUCUUCAGAUGAGCGAUCGGAACAGAUAGAAAACUUAUUUGCUUUUCGUGCUUCAUUGUGGAUGAACUGCAUUGUAUAAAUUAUUCAUUAGAUACAAAUUUUGAUCAUUGAAUUAUGUUUGGUCGUUUAUUAACUAAUGAAGAAGAAGAAAAAACCUCAUCACUAGAUGAUGAUUUCGAUGAUUCGGGGCUAACAGAAAUUGUUGGUGGUAAAUUGACCUUUAAUGAUGGAGAAAAUGCUGGAUCAUCAACUGAGAAAUUUCGUUCAUGGUCAGGUAUUUCUGGUUCUUCAGUUGGAUCUGAAUUAUCGCCUAGAAGAGCAUCUCAGCGUGUUACAUUUGAAAUCGUUUCUGCAAAAACAGUCACUGAUGCAAAAAAGAAAUAUGUGAGUUAUACGAUCUUAGUAAAAAGAGCUCCUGGCCUUGAAACACAACCUGGUGUCUUAGAAAGACGCUACUCUGAUUUUUUGAGCUUAUUUCAGACUCUGAAGAAGAGGUAUCCCUCACUCUUAGGGGACUUUCCUUUUCCAAAAAAGGCUAUUCUAGGUAACUUUACAGCUGAUGUCAUCACUGAGAGAAGUGUUGCCUUCCAGCACUUCCUAGCUUUUUCUUAUUCUGUUAGGGAGCUACGACAAUCAUUGGAACUUGCAGAUUUCCUCUACACCAGAGAAAUACAGGAAGCUCAUAGUAUGAUGAAAUUGGGACAGUUCGAAGAUUCUUCAGUAUUACUGGAAAAUAUAUAUUUUGUUCAAGAAAAGAUUCUAGAUGAAGGACAUUUUUCAACAUAUUACACUCUCUGUGUUCUUGUGGCUUGUCUGAAUGCUGUAGAUAAUGUAGCAGAAGCCCAAAAGUAUGCAGAAAUUGCAUUAACAUUUGCAGCUAAACAUGAAAGAAAUGAGCUUACUGUACCUCUGUUGGUGUUAGCUGUAAGGUUGUGGUGGGCUGUAGGUAAAGAUAAAAAGGGUUUAGAAAAACGAUUGUAUGAAUUAAAACAAUCAGGCAUUAAUACUGAUAAACAGCCUACACUGUUAGAACUUGUUUUACACCGAGAAUGUCCACUGAAAAUGCAGGAGUGUCCUUUGAAAAAAUAACAUGAGGAGAUGAAUCUUUGAUAAAACAAAAAUUAUAAUGUAUAUACCUCUUUCAGAAUCUUUUAAUAUAAAAGAUUUAAAUUAUUUUUGUUAUUUAUUUAAUAAAUUAUAGUACAAUAAUGUAUAUUUAAUUUGUUUCAUAGAUUCUGUAUUUGUGGAAAUGUAAUUUCCAAUUUUUUCUGCUGUUUUAUAUAGCUUAUGUGCAUUUCUUACUGUAUUUUUUAUUUAAUACAUUAUUAAAGAAGAUAACAGUAGAUUAAAUAUUAACAAAAUUAUAUAAUUUCAGUAAUGAUGCAAAAACAAAUGCAGCAGAAUUCAAAAAUUAACUGUGCAGUACUUGUGAUUAAAUUAAGCAAAACAAUAUUUUCAAGUGUUAUAAUUACUCAAAAACUUGCAUAUUCUACUCUUAACAUUUUAAUAUUUGAUUUAGAAACUUCUGAUUCUGCACAGAAUAUGCAUGGAUAGUAAAGUACAAGGCAAAAAAGAAUAGUACUGAAGGCAAUAAAUUAUAACUAACUGAAAUAUAGAAUACAAUAAAUAUUAGUAUCACAACUCAUACAUGCUUUUUAAUCUAUCUCUUCAUUUAGAACCCUGUAAUUUUCAAGAUAUGAAAUAUGUAAAAAAGGAGUUACAUGAAUUAAUUUAGCAUUUCAUAUUUUUUAUCCAUUACCACUUAGCCCUAUGUCUUACUCAUAUUUAGUUAUCUUUCAUUAUCAAGUAUAUUUUCUCAUAUUAAUAACAUACUCAAAGUAUAUAUCUUGUACAGCUAAUACUCUCUUUUAUCAGUAAUAUAUAGAACAAUUUAGGUAUUUAGUAUCGGACUGUUUAUUGAUUCUGCAUCUGUUAUGACCAAACUAUGUGCAUAAGAUAAUUUGUGAAUAAAUGCACUUUUUAGCCUUAUAUAAGCAUGAUAAUUAAUCUUAAAUUAGUGAUAUGUUAAGCUUGUAUAAAUUCUUUUUUUAAAUGUAUAUGAAAAUGAAUUGGAAAUAUACACACUAUAUAUAUAAAGGCAUAUAUAGACCGAAAUGAGCUCAUCUUAUGGAACAGAGACUUGCAUUUUUUCCAGUAAUUGUGAAUUUAUAGUGUAGUUUCAAAAUGUGAGAACUGAAGAAGUUAUAAAUUUUGGAGUAUAUUCUCAGAGAAAAUAGCAUAAAGUUAUUUUAUGCAAUAAUAAUAAAUUAUUAAAUUUUAAUAAAAAGGUUAUAAGUAUUAAUUUUUUAGAACUAACAUAUCAGAGCAGCUUGCUUAGAUUAAAUAAUGUUGAUGUUAGACUAUUUCUUCUUGUUAUUAAGUUUAUAAUCAUGUGCAUAUAAUCUUGCCAAGUGCUUUAAAUAUAAGUUGACAUUAAUUUCUGAUGAAUUUUUUAUUAGUAUGUAAGUGUUUUAUUGUAAAUAAAAAUUACUUUUAAAAUAAUCCAAAAAAUAAAUAUAAAUUAUCUGUGUGAUGUUUUAAUUUACAGCCAGAACAUAUUAUUUUGAGCUUUGUGGCCCUUUUUUUUUUUAAUUUAUUUUAUGCUUAUCUCUUUUUUGGGGCAUUAGUUUCAUGUGUAUAUUGGAAUAUUUUUGUCCCCAUGACCAGCCUAAUUCAGUUUCAUAUUGUAAAGUAAAUAACAGAAAUUCAGGUAGAUCCUUGUUUAUUCUGUAGUUGAGACAUGAAGCAAAUUUAUGUGCUGUGCAAAAAAAAGAACAUUACUCUACUUUGUGAAAUCUUAUGAUAUUAAAUUUUAAGCUCUAAUUCUGAGAAGCUACCAUGAUUUAUUUUUGAUGAAUUAUUCUCUUGUAGUUACAGUUCAUUAACGAAAUUGUAUAUAGGUUUAAGGCAGGAGGACUUCUUUAGCUGAGAAAUAAAGCCGAAUCAUUUAGAAUUUCCAUCCCUUAGAACACAUUUUUAAAUCCAAUGUACAAAUCCAGAGACUUGUUUUACUUCUAUAUUAUAGUGAUUAAUAUUUGAUAUGUUUUAAAAGAUGAACUAAUGCCAUUUCAGUUAUGUUCCUAGAAUUUGCUAUUUGCGUCAUUUUCUCAUUUAUCUGACCUUUUACAUUCAUUUUAAAAAAAUCACAUAUUUUCACUAUUCAUUAUCAUUUUUAACCAUGUGCAUAAUUGUGUCAUACCAGUGUAUUGAAUUUGACUUUGAGACAGUUUGAUUAAUAAUAUUGUCAGAUUAUUCCAAGCUAAUUUUCAAUUUCUGGUUAUUUUCACAUUUUAAGUGCCAUAACAAAUGUAAUGAAUUAAAAAUUAUACUUACUUUAGUAUUUUCAACUAUUUGAAGAUUAUUUUUAUCAAAUUCAAAGCUCAGUAAUAGCUUUCUUUAUAUA